AUGGAGAACGGCAACCCACCUCAAGCCGACGGCAAGGACCCUUCCGGCUUCUUGAGCGACAUUAUCGGCAACAACGUCACGGUCAAGCUCAAUUCUGGCGUCGUUUACAAGGGCGAGCUGCAGUCUGUUGAUGGAUACAUGAACAUCGCGUUGGAGAAGACGGAGGAGCAUGUGAAUGGCGUGAAACGUCGCGAGUAUGGUGACGCAUUCGUUCGAGGCAACAACGUGAUGUACAUCUCAGCGGAUUCAUAG